AUGCUCCGCCGCACACGCGCCGAUCAGCACCGCAGCGGAAAGGCCCGCGCCUUUGUUUUUCGCGACCCGACGCUGCGGAUGAUGCGGACUGGUAGCGGCUACCAGCAGCUGAAGCGCAUGGGCAUGCCGAUUCAGGUGGGGAUGGGCUGGCGCAAGGUGGACAGCUUCCAUGCAAACAACCAGUACCAGCACGCGUGGCCGCUGUUGUCACACGACGAUUUAGGAAACAGCGAUCAGUCAAAUAAUACAAAGAACAUCAUGUACUCCAUGUACAUGCCGAAGCGGAACAAGGGAACGGCGCCGUGGUUUCGUGGUGCCGACACAUACAGCGUAAAGUACUGUGAACAGGGACGCUAUGAAUAUCAACGCUACUUGAUGAUCAACCGAUUCCCAAGUGAGUACAAGAAACACUUCCUUGGGUUUCUCUCUAACAUCCGCAGCAGCUCCGGAUCCGCAACGAUCCCCCAGGAGGCCCUUCACUGGCUCCUUCGAAUGAUUGUCGAUAACUUCAACCCGCAACACGUACACUACAUUGCGGCGAUGAAGACACUUCAAAACGCUGGAGAGUUGGACAUGGCGAGGGAUGUAUGGAAGGUCAUGGAGCGUCAGCAGACGUGGCCGUGCACCUCUACUAUCUGCGCCUACCUUGAUGUGUGCGUGCAGGCAGGGGAGAAGGCCUGGGCGAUGGAGGCGUGGAAUCGCUAUUGCACGGAACUAAAGUUUCUGCAGCUGGGCGAAGUGGACCCGAAGCCCGUCUCACGUGUGCCUUUUUCCCUCACACGUGAGGAGCUGCUGUAUCUCCCAAAAUGGAAAAAGCACUUUGACCAUGACCCCAACCUCGAUGUCGUUGAUCUCAACCGCUUCAACAGAACACGCGAGGUGUACCUCCGCAUGGCUCUUGUCAUGCUGGCAGGUGGUGAGCGCGACAUGUUCCAGCAUUUCUACACCAAACUCGAGGAGGCGAUGUUGAAGACACCAACGCCGGUGCCGGAGCCGCCGAACCCGCACCUUGUGCAACGGCCGAGGUGGUCGCCCUACGAGCACUGCAAAUCUGUUCACCACUCACCGUGGCGGGUGGCGAACAAUGGACGUGCUAUGGCCUUAGGCCCUUCCGUUACGACCGAAGACGAGAUGCAGAGCCGCUUCUUCUCCAAUGAUCAAUUCUUGGUGCACACUGUGAAAGAGAUGCUUCGGGUGGUGUUGCAAGGGCAUCGACGUGCCCACCCUGCCGCGGUGGAGCGUGGUGGAAGUGAAGUGUUCUUUGAGAAGGUUGAGGACGCAGAUGAAACGUUGAAAUUGUGUGAUGAGUUUGUGGAGCGGCUCUUUACGACGCUGGGGCGCAAGAUGCACAGCCUCCAGACCUCCUCUCUUGUGUCGUCCAUCCUUGAGGUUCAUCGCGUGGUUGGGAAAGAGUCAGGGAGUGCGCUUCUUCGCCGUGCGAACCAAUUCAUGGCGCGGAAAGCCGCACUAGAGGGUGACAGUGCGGUGGAGUCCCUCACGGCGUCGAAUUAUCUUCAGAUACUUUCCGGCUUUGCCGAUGAGAGCGCGUAUGUGUACGACAGUAAGAGGAAAGGACCGAUUCGCUACAGAAACGGGUUUGACCCACGAGCGACAAUGCAGCAGCUCGCCGCUGUUGUGCAGGAGAUAGCCGGAAACCCACACGUUUCGUGGGCCGCCGACAUGCACCUGCAGGUGGUGUGUACCAUGGUGGGCUGCGGCACCAUGAAGGCGAAUGACUAUUUUGUGCGCAAUGUGCUGCGCCAGUUCUCCUGGAACAGCCGCUUCCUUGAAGAGCUCUACAUGGAAUACCGCCGACAUGACGACGUGGACACAUGGGCGGAGUUGACAAAGCGUGCGUUGGUCUGGACGGCCCGCUAUGACGUGAAGCCGUCAGAGCGGCUGAAGCGCCUUAUCGAGGACGACUACGACGUGAUACAAGUGCAGACGCGCACGUUCCGCGAGCUCGCGGUGUUCCAGUUCCGCGAUGUGGAGGAGAAGCGGCACCGGCGCGACGCGGUAAAUGAGCUGCCGAACCCGUGGUCCGACUACGUCGCCCACGCGCUGCCGUUCCCCGACCGCGACGCCGGCUACCCCGACGAGUACGGCGACAUUGGCCAGUGGCGGGCGCCCGGCGGGCCCGGUUCGCCGGUGCGCGGC